AUGUCCGCGCCCAAGGCCGAGAAGACUGUACAUGGUGGUCCAGAUCUGCAACCCCCUCCAGGACAGGACGCUAACGGCAUCACGGUGGGACAAUGGUCGAGCCCCGUGAUACCCGACGAGCCCGAAAGCUUCAUGUCCUCCAACGUCAACAUCGAGGCUUGCUGCCCAUGCAUCCCUUUGGCGCAGAUUGAGGUCCGCCUUGGGCUCACUUCCUACGCUGGAGCUCUGAGCUGGUAUACGGUCGCCUACGGACUGUUGACGCUGGCACUCGUGGGCCUAUGGCUCUUCGUGGCCCUGUGGAUCUCAUCACAGGCCUAUCGCGACGCUACUAUUGUUCUGGUUCGUAUCGUGUCGAUCCUCGUGUCCCUAAUUCUGACGGCCAUCCCGUCGCUGCUGCUGGUGCGUCGCAUCUCGCUAUUGCGCUCAACGAUUCGAGAACGGUUUGACAUCCCCGGGUCCGUGCGUGAGGACCGCACUGCGGCCUGGCAGGAGACGGCCCGGGCCAUCCGUCAGAUGCGGCGACAACUCAAGAUUGAACAGGCCAAGGGUAGCGCCGUCGCCACGCUGCCAGCCUAUGUAGUUUAAAAGCGGCUAAGCUGUUUCGACUUAAAUAUAUGACUCCAGUUGUCCGUUUC